AUGGAUGUAAUUUCUCACAGAUCAACAUCGACAUUAAAUCCCAACGCUCCAUUGUUUGUCCCGUUGUCAUAUCGAACAGUGGAGGAUUUUUCCGACCAAUGGUGGGCCCUCGUCCAAACCUCCCCUUGGUUCCGAGACUACUGGCUCGAAGAACGCUUCCACGAUCCCCAAACUGACCCCCUAUUCUCUGAUAUUUACGAUCCUGGGGAGGAUGAGGAGGAGAAGGAGGAAGUGAAGGGAUGCAAUAAGGAAUUGGUUUCGCUUGGGGUGAUGAAGUGGAAAAAGGGUCGAGUUGAUCGUGCUCUGUCACAGAGGCAUUUGGAGAAAGCACCGAAGAUUGUGAAUGUGAAGCUGAGUCCAAAGAUGAUUCAACAACCAAGGUAG